AUGGCUCUUGCCUUGCAUAUGCCAAUCGCCGGAUGCGAGCAUCUGGACAACGACAGUAUUGAGAAGAUCAAGCAAUUUCGGCAAUCACCAAACAACCUCGACCCAAACUUUGCUCAGUAUUCAUGUAUCUCAUGCUCCACCACUGGCAGUUUUCUAGCCCUCGACAAACACUUCUCCAAAACAAAACAUGACUUUGCCAUUGGUCAGAAAUCGGUCUACUGUGGGCGUUGCAACGAUCUUGUUUACGACCCUAGCUUCUUUCCCUCCAGCAAGAAACGGAAACUUGCAGAGUCCAUUGGCGAGGAGGAUGACUCUUACCUGACGGCCAACACCUCUCAGCGGCCAUGUGGCCGGAGUGGAGUACGAGGUCUCUUCAAUCUGGGAGAAACGUGCUACAUGAAUGCUGUGUUGCAGAUGAUGGUGCACAACCCGCUUCUCGCCAGCUACUUCCUCGGCAUGGGCCAUCCCACCCACACUUGUUCAAUAUCCAAAGAACCCGAGAAAAAGAACGAAUCAGACUCGGAAGACGAUGAUUCGGAAGAAAAGAAAGAGCAACAAACUUGUGUUGCUUGCGGCAUGACUGAAUUGUUCUCGGAUGUCACCAUGGUCGAUCAACCACUUCCUGCACACGCUGUGAAUCUCUUAUUUGCCUCCUGGAAGAACAUCCCGGAAAUGUCCGGUAAAGGCCAGCAAGAUGCGCAAGAAUGGUUCAUGUGUAUUAUUGAUCGUCUCCAUGAAGCGGUCCAGCAAUAUCCAGCACCAGGUACCACCACCGAUAAAGGCUCCACGAUCAUCAAUGGCUCUUCAGACAAACAGUGUGUAUGCUUCUUCCACAAGGUGUUCUAUGGUCGGUACAACAGUCAGAUCACUUGCGACACGUGCCAUACAGUCUCAAGUCGGGAGGAUGAAUUCUCGAGCAUUGGCCUCGAUUUUAAGAAACAGCUCAAAAAGAAGAAGAAGGCCGCGGCCGCCGAGAACCUCAAAAUCGCCAUUCCUACCCUCUACGAGUGUUUGAAGUCCUUCACCACUCCUGAACCAUUAAGUCCCGAACAAUAUAGCUGUCAGGAGUGCAACGAGCGAAGAUCUGCCAGCAAACACACACGGAUCCGCAAACUACCCGCCAUCCUCUGUGUGCACGUCAAGCGCUUCGGCAUGAAACAACUCGGCACCGGUACCUUCAUCCCUGAGAAAUAUGAAGGAAAGCUCGACUUCCCACUGCAUCUCGACAUGGCGCCUUGGUCGACCAAACCUCCCGCUCCACCGGGCUCAGCACCAGCCACCAACGGUAAACAUAACGGCAAAGAUAAGGACAAGGAUAAGAAGCCGAGAAACGACUACAUGUACGACCUUGAUUGUGUGGUGGUGCAUCAGGGCGAGCACGCGCAGAACGGCCACUACUUUGCGUUCUGCCGACAGGACAACAAAUGGUUUCGCUUCGACGAUGAGAUCGUGAGCGCCACCACGACCGAAGAUGUCAUGCGGCAAGAGGCGUACCUGUUGUUCUACUCCCUGAGGAAUCUGGAUCGUGUUUAA